GCGUCACUGCUGGACCAACUGAUCUCGGAGGCUCCAACAAUAGGGCUGUAGAAGAGUUCCUGCGGAGCAAGGGCGAUCGGCCUCUGACGCGGAUUGAGUAUGCAGGGGUGUUAGCACUACUCGCAGGGCGAGUCGAGGCAGAACCCGACGACAAGGCGGAGCCGUUCAGGUUCUCCACCUCGUCGCUGAGCCCAGAACCUGCGCAGGCUACAUUCACGCCUGGCAGUGCGAGCAACGGCAAUCGGAAGAUGUUGUCAAAGAAUCCCAAUGGUCCGUACGUCAUACGUGGUGGCGGCAGUGCCCGUCCGCGAAAUCGGUACACUCGCCAGGAUUCGACCACCGCAGCGUCCCGCUCCGUCUCUUAGGAUCGCACCAGAGAAGCCUCCUGCGGACGGCAAACGUCGACGGAUUGGUGCUGACCCAGAUCUGUUUGCUCCCCGAACCAUCUCGUCAAGUGUGUCUGCUAGCAGUUCGCUUGCCACGAACGGCGCCACAUCGCCUGCAGCAGGACCUUCCAGCAUCAGUGCUAGAGGUGUAUCAAUGGCAACGGACUGCCGAAGAUUAAUGGCGCAUCUCCCACCACACCCGUUCGCAGGUCUGCGAAACCAACUACUCCUGUCAACCCUUCGCCAUUGCGUCAACAUGGGGCCAGUCGGACUCUCCGUCUUCACAGUCGUCGCCGCCCUCGCUAGCAAGCAGACUCAGUCUGCGGCGUAUCUAUCCCAAUUGAUCAAGGAGAUCUCCCCGAAGACCAAUCCAGACAUUCAAAAUCCAUAUCAGACUGCCAGUGUGCUACCUCGGCCUCCUGCGAAGAAACCUCCGCAGAGGAAGCCUCGAGGAGCUGAGGCAUCGAAGACUGGACCGAAAACUGCGUCGAAACCUUCUGUUGAGGCAGCACCGCCUGCUGCAGAACCUGCCCUUACAUCAGUGGAGACCAUCGAGGCGACUAUGCCAACCGGGAGCAAACGGGCACGUCCUGCGCCGGAUAUCAAGCCUAUUCAGACUGGCAGUGAGGCUACCGAGCCCCCCAUUCCGCGCAGGAAAGCACGCGUUGAGGCCGCAGCAGGGCCGAAACCGAAUGGCUUCGGUGCGAAAGUCUCCGUCACGCACGAGGACGUCGAUGAUGGAGAGGGCUCGCCGCAGAAGAAGCAAAAGACAACGAACGCCGCCGCGCUUACUGCGAAUGGCAGGAGCCGAGUCAGACCUCCGUCGGUGGAGAUUGUGGAAGUCCCUGACGAAGACGGACCUCGCAGACCCCAGGAUUACACAUUGCCAUCUGAGGUGAUCGAACCCGAUGAGAGCAGUAAACCCGCUAGCAGGAACGCAUCUCCUACUACAGCACUGCCGCCUGCACCUGUACGAGCCGGAAUCCCCGGUUCGAGCCUUGGCCACAAUAAGCACAAGCCUUCGAGACCGUCCGGGCUGCGCCACCAGGUCUUCAUUGAUGAUGAAGACGUACCAGAACCUGCACCGGUACCACCUGCUCUGAAGAAGUCGGUACCGUUGGCUGCGCCCCUCGCGAAGUCAACUAGACAGGAGAAGAAGGCCUCCACUCAUCCUCAAGAUGCCAAAGCGAUCGUGGCCGAGAAGAGCGCGAACGAUCUCCCUACGUAUAAGUUCAUGGUAUCGCCGACCCACCUUGACGUCUCGCAAUCGGCAAAGGAUAAAGCGAAGGCGAUGCGCCCGGCUGAACUUCGUACGUACGACCUGAAGGCCGCCCUGUCAUCACCUGGUGCAGGACCGAGUACGAGUACCGGUUCUCGGGGUAACGCCGGGAAGUCUACAAGCAGUACAACAGGCUCUACCGCCUUUGCAGGAUCGUCCUCCAACAAGGGCUUCAACUGGGAAGGUGCGGGCAUGGCGAAACCACCGCCGAAGCCGGAGGGCUCGUGGACAUGCUCGACGUGCAUGUGCACGAACGACGCCAAAGUGACGGAGAAGUGCGCCGUAUGCGAGGCACCUCGCCCGGGGGCACCCAAAGUACAACAGGCAGGGUUUGACUGGGGUGCGGUGAAGCUGGCGAGGCCCAUACCCCAGGAAGGCUCCUGGACGUGUUCCACGUGCAUGUGCACCAACGGGGCCGAGGUGGAAGAGAAAUGUAUGGUGUGUGAAGCGCCGCGGCCGCGGUAGCUUUCCCUUGUCUGAGCCCUUCGAUACUUUCUUGUGCUAUGCUCCCUAAGUUUGCGGAUGACUUCCGCUUCGAGUUGUCUGAAUACCAUCUCGUAUCACAUUGCUGUCCUGCUGUCCGUCACUCCGUAAUGUCCCCAAGAACGGUUUAC